CAAAUAGAUUUACUUUUAAAUAUAUUGUGGCUAGUCACAAUUUUAUUGCAUUUAAUAACUUAUGUUAUGAUCAAAAUUGAAUAUGUUCUUUAAUCAUUACGUUUACAAAACUGUACUGAUAGCAGUAACAUGGCAAUUUAUCGUGGUUUCUGGAGCCGAUCACCUUCUCGACGGUAUUUACUGUGGAAAGGAAAACUGUUACGAGGUGCUGGAAGUAACGAGAGACGCGGUGAAGAAUGAAAUUGCGAGGAAUUAUAGAAGGCUAGCGAAAAAGUACCAUCCAGAUUUACAUAAAGGCGAGGAAGCAAAAAAAGAAGCUGAAGAACAGUUUAAAAAAAUCGCGACUGCUUACGAGAUACUACGAGAUGAAGAAGAAAGGUCUGAUUAUGACUACAUGCUUGACAAUCCUCAAGAGUAUUACGCUCAUUACUACAGAUACUAUAGGCGGCGGAUGGCACCAAAAGUAGACGUUCGAAUAGUCAUAGCCGUAACUAUUACAAUCAUAUCCUUGGUCCAAUAUUACAGUGCAUGGUCUAAAUACGACACGGCGAUAAAAUACUUUAUGACAGUGCCAAAAUAUAGGAAUAAAGCUCUAGAAAUAGCUAAAGUUGAAAUAAAGGACUCCCAAUCAAGAAAGGGAGGUAGGAAAUCCAAAACAGAAUUAAAGGAAGAACAAGAUCGUAUAAUUCGGAGAGUUAUUGAAGAAAACAUGGAUAUUAAAGGUGCAUAUGCAAAACCUGAAAUUACUGACAUACUAUGGGUUCAGUUAAUAAUUUUACCAUACACAAUUGCUUGUUAUAUUUAUUGGUAUUUGCGGUGGUUUUGGAAAUUUACAAUUAUGAAUCAACCAUAUGGGGAAGAGGAGAAGUUGUAUUUAAUUAGGAAAUACAUGAAGCUAGGACAGCAUCAGUUCAAUGCUUUGGAUGAAACAGAAAAACAGGAGUAUCUAGAAGAAGAAUUAUGGGUUAAGGAGAAUUAUGUAGUUUGGAAGGAAAUAAAGGAUGAAGAAGCUAAGAAAGCUUUAGCAGAUAAUAAUAAAUACAAACAAUAUAGAAGAUAUAUAAAAAGCCAUGGUGUUGGACGAAUGACAUUUGAUGAUUCAUGAUAGUGUAAGAGACACGUAACUUAUCUAUUGUUCUAAAAUAUGUAUAAAUCAAAUUGGAAAUUGAAGUCUGCUGCAAAUAUUGCAAUUUUGUUAUAUAUUUAUUGAAAGAGAUUUUUAUUUCAUGUUUCACCAAAUACCAAAAAUUUUUCACAAAAAUAAAACCAG